AAUACAGAAACCUCUUAAACCCUCAAAUCGGAGCCGUAUCAAUCACAGAGCGACGAGCCCAACUCGAAAAUGGCGAGCAGUCUCUCACACAGAGCGAUAGCCGAUCGAGGCUUAUUGAGGCUCACGUUGAGCUUCGUCAGAACCUUCAGCUCCGCUUCCCCAAACCCUACCGACGCCGCCGCCGGCGCCUCUUCGCCGGCGGCUACUAAACCGAAGAAGAGAAAGAAGAAGAACCUGUUCGAGGUGGCACAGUAUCUGCCCAAUUGGGGACUUGGGUACCACAUGGCUAAGAGCCACUGGGUCGGCGUGUCGUAUGAGAUCACCAAGAUCAAUCUUUACAAGGAUGGAAGGCAUGGAAAGGCAUGGGGAGUUGUUCAUAAGGAAGGCUUGCCAGCUGCAGACACCCCCAAGAAAAUAAGUGGAGUCCACAAGCGUUGUUGGAGGUACAUUCCAAGCUUAUCUAAAUCAACUGAAAGUGUUCCAAGUAUGACUAAACCAACAGAAACUGCUCAAGCAACACCUGAAGUUCAACCAGCUUGAUGCAUCUCCUCCUUUUUAGGGAUUGUAUCGCCUGAUUUGUAAUUCUCUGAUGUUAUUUUGAAGUUUUAGUUGUACCACCAUUAGGAGAAUUUUGCUCAGAUAUGGCAGUUCUUAUUCUCAAAAUCAGUUUUGAUAGAAUUGAUAGGCCAUUGUAACAUCUUUUGUAUUGAAGUCCGAAUAAAUUAAUGGGUUUUUGGCUUUCAGGAAUUCAAAUGGAAUAUUUUAUCAAGAAAAAGAAUGAUCAUCACUGAGUUUGCUUUCUGUUUU